AUGUUUAUGACUACCAAGAAUGCUGUGGCUGAGGCAGUGCGUGAGGCUGCAGUAGCAGCGGCUAGGGCUGUUGACCGUCUUGGAGUGAGAAACGGGAAUGAGAAUGAGCAUGGGGAAGAUAGUGGAAAUGAUGAGAAUAACUUGGGGCAUCUCGAAAGACCUAUGACCCUUGUGACUUUUCUGAAGGUUAAACCACCUAAGUUUAAAGGUACACUCAUUGCGACUGAUGCUGACAACUGGUUUCGAGCUAUCGAACGAUCACUGCGAGCGCAGCAUGUUCCGGAAGGCCAACACGUAGAGUUUGCUACUUAUAUGCUGGAAAGAGAAACUGAGCAUUGGUGGCAGGGGAUACAGCGACUGUUGCAACAAGAUGAAGGCGAUAUUCCUUGGAAUACUUUUAAGGAUGAAUUUUAUAAGAAGUAUUUUCUGAGGGCAGCUCGUGACGCUAAGGAGAUGGAACUUAUGCAGCUGAAACAGGGUAAUACAACUAUUGCAGAAUAUGCCCAUAAGUUUGAUGACUUGUGCAGUUUCUCCAAGAUCUGCCAAGGGAAUCCUGCUGACUUUAAGGAAUGGAAGUGUUUGAAAUUUGAAGGAGGACUCCGAGAAGAACUAAUGAACUCCGUUGUUCCGCUAGAGAUAAGAAAUUUUGCUGAACUAGUGAAUAAAAGUAAACUAGUGGAAGAAUGUUCGAAGAAGGUGGCGAUAGCUCGAGCAAAUCGUAGGGAGGCCUCCAAAAGAGACUUUAUUCAUGAUCUAGCCCCUGAAGGUCGUAACUUUAAGGUCAAUGGUCAGUUCCAGCGCCAAAAUGGAAAUAAACAGAAUGGUAACUUUCUUGCUCGUAACAAUGGCAACCACGACAACUAUAAUUUGGGAGAGGAAGAAGGAGGUCAAUCUCAGCAAACUCAGGAUAUUUCAGUAUGCUCAAGGUGUGGGAAGGAUCAUGGUAAUAGAGCUUGUAGAUAUGGGACACACACUUGUUUCUCUUGCGGAGAGUAUGGACAUAUAUCGAGGAAUUGCCCAAAAAGGUUUGUUCGAAAUCCAGCUAGGCCACAACAACAAGGAAGGGUUUUUACCGUAACUGUUGGCAACACUAAUGCACAUAAUUCAUCCACUCGAGGUGAGUAUCACACUAUGGUUUUGUUUGUGCUAGAUAAUACUAUAACUUCUUAUGCGUAUGUUAAAUUUUGA